AUGGCCCCUCCCACAAAUCACGAAAGGAACAGUUCCUCAUCUUCCAAACCCAAAAGAAAGAAAUCCAAACGUUCAAAGAAUGACAACGAUGACACUCCAAAAGCAUUCACCCGUCUCAUGGCCUACGCUGCCACCGGUAAACGUCCCAACGGCCUCGAUGAACCAAAAACAAAACCUACGUCUACUUCAAAGAAACGUAAACGCUCAGAUCCAACGAGCGAAUCAAACACCGUCGGUACUUCUAAUACAGUCGAUACAUUACCCGAAUCCGAACCCUCUACUACUACCGCUCCGGAACCUUCGAAACCGCUGACCCUGCUCCCCGGCGAAAAACUGUCCGACUUCUCCCGUCGAGUCGAUGCAGCGAUCCCCGUUUCUUUCAAGGGUCUCCAACGUGGAGAAGACAACCCUAAAAACCGGAAGCUAAAGAAAAAGAAAGCGGCCGAAGAAGCGGAAGCGGCAGAAGAUAUUACGGAAGACAACUACGAUUUCGACGAUAACGGCGAUCUAUUACCAAAUCAUCUAAAACCUCAUAAUCACAACCCGCAUACUAAACAACAAGUCAACAAGACGACAAAGGGUAAAAGAAAGGAUAGAAGUCCAAGUCCGUUUGCGGUAUUACGAGAAAAGAGGGGAGCUGUACAAAGUAGCAUCAAUGACGUUGCGCAAGCCCCGCCGACUUUAACUGUACCGAAGGAGAAGCUGAGGGAUAAGACUAAGGGUCGGGUGGGAGGUAUUCAAGGUUUAGAGGUUCCAAAGGCCAGUGGAAGUUUGGCGAGGAGAGAGAUGUUGCAGGAGGAGAGGAAGGGGGUUGUGGAGAGGUACAGAGCCUUGAUGGCAGCGAGGAGUGGAGGCAUGUAA